CGCCUGCGCCAUCCCUUCAGCGGAGAGCCGCUCUGCCCGCCUACGACUCUUUGGUGCAAGAGCCCAACGAAUUCCGGUUUUUAAAGAACGGGAGCGCGAACGGAGGAGAGAGCGCGGGAUAAAAACGGUGGCCGCCUUUGGAAGAUGCCGAAACCGCCGCAGGAAAGCCCGAACCCCUUGUUUACGCGAUGGCUGCAGGAAUGGCGCGACCAGGCCGCAGAGCGCGGACGCCUCAAGAGCCAACGCGCCUAUGAACGGGCGCUGAGCUCUCUCCAGAAAUAUCCCCUCCCUCUGUGCAGCGGGCAUGAGGCUAGGAUCCUUCUGUAUUUUGGUGAGAAGAUCUGCCGUCAGCUGGACGAACAGCUGGAGAGACACCGCAGCGCCCAGGACGGAACCGCAUUGGCAGGUUUGCCAGCCCCAACAUCUUCUUGGAGAGGGCGUGAAGAUGGUAAGAACCCAACUUGCAGCGAUAGCCCAGAGCUGCAACCUGCCCAGUCCGCUGUGGAGCCAGUUCAGCGCCAAGAGAAAUGCUCAAAGAAAAAAAUGAUUGUGCAGCAUUGUGCCCGAGGAUAUGUGCCCGCUCGGCGUUCUCCAGCCUAUGCUGUACUGUUCGCGCUCUACCGGAACGCCAUGAAUCCUGAUUCCCGGGGCUAUCUGACGAAACCAGAGCUGCAGAAAACUGCUCAGCCUCUGUGUGAUAAAUCCUUCUUUUUGGCCAAUCCUGGAAGUAAGAGCACUGCCUGGUCUGCUGUCAGCACUCUGAUGCGCAAGGAGCUAGUCCUCAAGACUAAUAUCCCAGCCAGAUAUUCUCUGACAGAAGCCGGGCUAACCUUAGCGCGGGAGCUGCUGUGUGCCUCGGAAGAGCUGAAGGAGAGCCAUUCCAGGGCCCUGAAAGCCGCAGCAUCCCAAACUGGAGAACCCCUCGUGCUUUCAAAGGAAAACGACAGAUGGGCGCCGUGCUCGGAAAAUUCAGACGGGAGCACCACCAGCAAAUCAAGCUGUGAAGAGCCUAACUGGGGGCUGUCAAAACCACAGUUUGUGUUUGAACCUGGACAGUUUGAUGUUAUUCUUUGUGUGGAUUUCAUUGAGACCACAGGCGGACCCACGUCCCGGAAACAGGACCUGGUGAGCGAACUUCAACGACACAACGUCCCAUUUAGCGUCCGGAAGCUCCACGUUGGUGAUUUUCUCUGGGUUGCCAGAGAGAAACACCCCCUUGUUGCAGGACAGCUGCAACCAACUUCGGUCCAGGAGCUGGUUUUAGACUAUGUGGUAGAACGGAAACGGAUGCCUGACUUAUGCGGAAGCAUCAUCGACGGUCGCUUUCGCGAACAAAAGUUCCGCCUGCGACAGUGUGGCAUUUCCCACCCCAUCUACCUGGUGGAAGAUUCGGGCUCUGCGCAACAUCUCAGUCUGCCGGAAAAGACCCUGCGCCAAGCCAUGGUCAAUACCCAGGUGAUAGAUGGCUUUUUCGUCAAACGCACCUGUGACAUUCGGGAAUCCGCUGCCUAUCUGAUCCUCCUGACACGCCACCUGACCAGGCUGUAUGGGGACAAAAGGCUUUUGAGCUGCACCAGAGAGGAACUGGAGGAUGAGCGCCCCCUGCGGCCCAGGGAUGGCACCUGCAAGCUUCUGACAUUUGCUGAAUUUAAUGAAGGGGCUGUGAAGAACAAGGCCCAGACGGUGUACGAAGUCUUCGCAAGGCAACUGAUGCAGAUCAGCGGCCUUAGCGGGGAAAAGGCAGCUGCCAUUUUGGAAAGAUACAAAACGCCCGCCAGCCUGAUGGAAGCUUAUGCUGCCUGUCCAGAUCCAGAGAGCCAAGAGCAGCUGCUGAGUCACAUCAAAUGUGGCCAGCUGCAGAGAAAUCUGGGUCCUUCUCUUAGCAAGACUUUGGCCCAGUUGUAUUGUACGUCAGGACCCCUGCCUUGAACGUCGAGCAGCUGUGAGAAGUGUGCGCUGAGGGCGUGUGUGUGUGAGAGAGGGAGAGAAAGAGAGAGAAAACUAUGGCAUUUAUGUCGCUGUCAAUUACGAGAAGGCUUUGGGGAUUCCCACAACGGAUCUCCGCUUGUAAAACACAGGGAAAGGGGCGUGCAUCAGGGUCACCUGUGCAAGGUUUCUACCAACUUGAACUGCGCUUCCUUGCACAAACUGGGCGGGGAGGCGAUUUCCAUCUCUGCCUACACGCACACGCACACACACACACACACACCCCCCUCCCCAGAAGAGGAUGG